AUGUCUGACGUUGGCUUUGUACGGGCCAUUAUAAUUGAUGCUCGGCGUCAUCUUCUCGGAAGAUUGGCGUCGAUUGUCGCCAAAACUCUCCUUCAAGGCCAGAAGGUUGUUGUUGUCCGCUGUGAGCAAAUCAGCAUCUCUGGCUCACUCUACCGCAACAAGCUAAAGUAUCACGAGUUUUUGCGUAAACGAAUGAAUACAAAUCCUUCACAUGGACCUUAUCACUAUCGGGCUCCUGCCAAAAUAUUUUGGCGUACUGUCCGAGGAAUGCUGCCCCACAAAUUGUACCGUGGGAAGGAAGCUCUUUCCAGGCUUAAAUGUUUCGAGGGCAUUCCCCCACCUUAUGACAAGAAGAAACGUGUUGUUGUUCCGUCUGCUCUUCGCAUUCUUCGCUUGAAACAGCGUAGGAAGUUUUGUACGCUCUCUAGGCUUUCUUCUGAGGUUGGAUGGAAAUAUGAGAAUGUAAUUAGAAAGUUGGAAGCCCGCCGAAAGGUUCGGGCUGCUAUUUGGUACAAGAAGAAGAGGUUUGAUGCUAUACCCGACCAGGUAGCCCGCGGUAGAGCUCGUAAGGCCAUACAGCCGUACAAUACCAUCCUAAAGAAAUACGGCUAUUGA